UUUUGUUUAUAUAUAUGGUUGCAUUGGAUCCUACGCCAAAGUGGGUUGUCAAAGCCUUUUCUCUGUCUCUCAUCUUUGCUUUCUCUUUCUCAUUUCGCAGCUAAAUUCCAAACUAAAAUCCAAGAUAGAAAAAGAAAUUCAGAGAACAAUCAAGGAAGAUGGUGAUGUGAUGAAUUAAAAAAAAGAAAAACCCUUUGGCAUUUUCGUUUCCUAUAUAUCAAAUACCAAAGCUGCUUCUCUUUGUUUUUCUAGGCUUUUUUUUCCUGCUGGUACUUGUACUGUCUUUUCCUUCAUUUGCUUGCAAUUUUCAUAAGUUGAUCCCUCUCUCUCAUCUUUAAAUUCUUUGUCCUUCAUCAUUUCUUCAUAUCCUAGGUUGAUUUUGGACUUCCAUGUACUCAAAAUUAAAACCAGUUCCAUUCAUGGGUGUCUCAACUACCAUGGAACUCAGUUUCUUGGUUAGGCCUCCUCUAGAAUUCAAUGAAGAUUGUGGAACUGCAACUAAUGUUAAACAAGAAGAAGAAGAAGAGAAUAGCAAGUUGGUGAUGAUGGGUACAUCUGAAUCUGAGGUGGUUGCUGCUGCUAAUGAUGAUCAAGAUGAAAACGACAACGAUGGGUUCAAGACUCCUACUUCAUUGGACCAUAAAAUCCCAACCGCCACCAUCCUCAAGUGCCCACCUGCACCAAGGAAACCAAAAUCCCUCCCCAUUAUAUCGUCACCAGCAAAACGAAAACCGCUUCGCAGGAGAAUCCUACUUGAUUUGACGAAAGAGAUCGAGUCUUUGUUCCCUCCAGCUCUUAUUGCAGAUCUAGGGAACAAGAUUAAGAAAGUCAGACAGGGAAGUGACUUCAAAUGAUAUGAUAUAUAUAUACAUAUAUACAUACAAAUAUAACUAUAUAUGUAUCAUGUAUUUAUUUGAAGAAUUUUAAUUAUGUUAUUUGUUGUCAUCAUCCAAGACCAUCACAUCUAUGUUCAGUUUCAUUGAUGUGUUUUUUA